AUGAGCAGCGGCUAUAACCUCCGCGCGCAUAUCCACGCCCCGCAGCGCUUCUGUGAAGCAGACUUCGAGAGCUUCACCGAAACACCAACCGCCGCAGUCCUGCAGUCCAUGCGCAGUGCCCGCUCGCAGUCCGAAGAUGGAGAUGGUGACAAGCUAUUCUCCUCGCUGCCAGAUGCAGACUCUCGCAGCACGCGAGGACAUCACGUCUCGCAGCUUGUGCCACGGAUCGCUCCGUUUAACCCAAAUCUAGAGCCUGCGGCGUUUCCGAGUCUGAAGGAUCCGCGGGUGGCACGAAAUGGAAACCAUGCGAAUGGCCAGGAGAAGCAGCAGGGACAGGCGCAGACGCUACAGCAACAGCAACAGCAGAGCUCCUGCUCGAGCCAGAAUGGGGAGAGAUGCAAUGGCGCUUCCACGGCUGAUUGCAACGGUGUCGGCUUGCAGGAUGUGCCGAUGGAUGAGGUGGAUAAUCGGGCUGCUAGUAACUCGGCAUUGAAUGCUGUUUAUGCGGGGAAUAUGGCGGUUAUGUCUGGUGCCAAUGCCAAAAGCCCUGAGACUGUGGGCCAGAAUGGUUACCCUCCAGAGCCACUCUUGGACUUUGAAGAUAGUGAUCUUGAAGAACAAGUUGAUGCAUCAGAGGUGCUCCUCGCCAAGACCCGCAACCCCAAAUGGAGCGACCUGAACCCAGCCGUGCAGGUGGAAAUCCUCGAGAACCUCCUCCAAAUCGGCUGCUGGCGCACCACAUCCCGCAAGCUCGGACUCGGAGCAGAGGACCGCAAGAAACUUACUACGUACCUGGACACACGCAACCAGCAGAUCGCUCGCGAGAACAAGCAGUUGGGCGCCAUGCGGACCAAGCAGCUGCGUGCAUUGCUGCGCGUCGACCAUAGCAUCCUGGAAAGAACGGGUCCGCCGCCGCAUCUGAUUAUCAACAAGACCUUUCGCCAGACGACGCGCUUCCUGCGCGAAAGUUACCAUACAGACCUGUUGAUGUGCCGCGCGGCGGAUUUCCUGGCCGCCAGGCAGUUCCUGCACCAGCACGGUAUCCCGCGCCGGUUCGCAGGGGAUUGGGGCAAUAGCCUGGUGGUGCUCCGGGAGUCGGGGGAUGAUAGUCUUGGGCCGGAGACGUUUGAGUGGAAGGAAGAUUUGGCUCGGGGUCUGAAGGGCUUGGAUGAGGCUGAUGGCAAUGCAAAUGGUGUUCACAAUGACCAAAUCACCAUAGAGCGGAGGGAAUUCAUCGACACGAUCGGUUUGGAGAGCACUAUCAACCCCAAAGACCUGAUUCGACGCCCCGAGGAUGCAGAGGCGUUGCUGGAUUGGGGUCGGUACUUUCCACACUGGCGACCAUAUUCAAGAUCCAACCCCAAGCGCCGCCGUGACGGCCUGGUUCGGCUGCAGGUUGGAGUGCAGGGCGCGGCGCAGAUCCAGAACAUGCAAGAGAGACAUGCUAAGAUCCGGCCACGGACGCAACGCUCGCAAAUGUCGUCUCCGCCUGCACGUCUUGAUGCGACACCGUCCAAGGUGUACGAUAACAGUCAUACAUUCGAGGAGCUAAGCCGAGCCAUCACCAUGUCUCUGCCGCCGCCGACACAGAUGCCCUUGACGCGGAUUCUCGGCGGUAGAUGGUCUCUCAAGGCGGCGAACCCAGCUCUUGGCCAAGCCCGAUACAGACAGCAGAUCGAGCAGGCCCGGCUCGAAUCCCAGCAGCGGAAGGAGGAGAGUGAAAGAAUUGCGGCACCGAACUUCGCCAACGUACCUCCAGUCGCCGGAUCACAGGCUCCAUCACGGGCUCCGUACAGGCCCGCUUCAGAGGAUAUUCCGUCGAGCGCGAUGAGGGCUGCUCAUAUGGCCAAUCGGGAACGCCCCACCCAACGAGAUGUGAGAGAGGAGGCCAUCUGGAGAGAUCUGCAGGAGACCAUGAGGGCUGAUCUUGCGGGUUGCGAGGAAGCGGACUGGGCAUUCAUUCACGAGGGGUUCGUGAUCCCCGACGAAGACCCGGCGAUGAUGGACGUGGAGGAGGUGAAUGAGGAGAUGGACAUAAAGGAGAUGGCUGCGCAGUACACCAGUGACAGCGAGGCUUCUCUCUCGGAUCCUUCGUCGUCGAUCUAG